AUGUUCAGACUCCUCAUGUCUACAAUGGAAGAAUUCAUUCAAGGUCUUUUCAAACUGCGAGCUGCUAUCAACAGGCAGCAGAGAAUAGCGGACGACGGGUUUCGAAGGGCCGCUCAGAUUCAAGACCAGCUGCUGGGAAUCAGAAAAUUAUCCGAAGAGACUGGCAGACCCGUCAUCCAACAUCGAGUGCAGCGGCUGGAGAAGAUUAGAGAUCGAAGCCUCGAGGAAGCUUUCGAAAUUCUCCCGCACUUGGCCCGAGGCCGAGAUUUUCUCACUGAGACUGUCGACAAAAUGCCAUAUCUAGUGGUUUUUUCUAUCAAAUUAUUUUGAGCAUAAUUCGUCUGAAUUCAGGGCGAAAAUUUUCUAGCCGGCUUACGACGCCCGCGAAUUGCUGACCUUGCUAAGUUUCUCGAGAAUCACGGCUUGGAGACUAGAGGAAUAAUUCCGGAGUUCCUGCAAAAACUUCCAGACGUGCAGCAAGACUCAACGCAGGAAUCCGAUCGGGAACAGGAACAUGUGCAACAUAAAAAGGUAUAUUCAAUAAUAUUUAACCAUAACUUACUUACUAGAAUGCUAAAUUUGAUGAGAUCGCAAAGUUAGAAAGACAAAAAAAUAAUUUAACGUGAAUUGCAAGUUUUUUUUGUGUUUGGUGUUCCUCUUGAGAGCCGGCCGUAAGUAAAUCAAAAAAACUUGAAGAAAUGUUUUUUUUCAAAUUUGGCUAGCAAGACAAUAAAACGAAAAACUGUUCUUGUGUAUUUGAUCCUAAUUAAAACUUGCAGAAGGAUGUUCAAGAAGCCUCUGACGGAAUGGAUCAACCACAAUUUGUACAGCAACUUCCGCCGCUUGAGACACCUUCUCAGCCACUAUCUGGACCAGAUCCAAGCCAUGACCUUAAAAGUCAAGAAGAACAUCCACAAAAUGUCAAGGUAAUUUUGGAAACGACUCGUCAAGUUUUGGGUGAAAUUCUCCUGUUUUUCAAAAACUAAUAGUUGGCUGGAGAGUUUCGAGUUUUAUUUCGUGAGAAAAGUCAGAACGAAAGUUUUCAAUUUUCUUCAUUGAUGAGCUCCUGAUUCUUAGCAACAGAAGUUCAGGUGAUACGAAAAAAAAUAUUUUGAAAAAAAGAGAAGUCACUGGGUUCGUACUGCAGUUUAGUGGGAAUUUUUAAAUUCCUAUGUCAAGACCGUGAGAAUUUUUUUCAGCCAGCACAGCCCAUCGAGCAUGUGGAACCGCAACUUGAGCCGCAGCCUGAACUGGAGCUAAUACAAGAACUUGAGCGACACUCAAAUCUCCAAAACGAGAUAUAUCCAAGCGUUUUCGCAAAUAGAUUACCGAUUUUUAUUUUGUUCACUCGUUGCAGUUUGGUAAUCUGAAACGGCACACCUUCUCUGAGGCGGGGAACGGCGAGGAUAGAAAAACGGUGGCUUCUCCGACAGAAAUGGUAUAUUUUCAUGAUUUUGAAUUUCAAAAAAUGGGGAAUUAUUAUCGAAAAGAUAGAUUUGAAAACAAGAAAUAAGCUAUUUUACAUAAUUCAUAUAGUUUUAUUUUUCUGAAAGUCAUCGGAAACGAGAUACAGUUUUAAAAAAAUUUUCACUGAAGGCCAGAUUCUACUUCAUUCAAGUUUGAAACUUAGCAUACAGAUAAAUUCGACCUUAUUGCAAAUAUUUCAAAACUAAAUAUACGGCAUGUUUGAAACAUGGAGUUUCAGAAUGACGUUCACGAGAUGCGAGGCGAAGAAACUGCCGAUGAAAAUUUGGCGCCUGAGAAAGACGACUCGAUCGAGAAAGCGUCAUUGUGA